AUGAAUAAUUUGGAUUCCAGCCCUAGAUUAGAGGUGAACAGGUCUAGAUCGGAUACUAUAAAUACUCAAGAAAGUAUUGGAACUUCAUCAGUUAGUAUCCAUAGUAAUGCCAAGAAUAAGAAUAAGAAAAACCUAAUAUUAUCCACAUCUUUCGUAUCGUCUAAGAGAUCUGAAUAUAACACAGCUCUGCCAUCCAGUCCAUUAAACUCCAAAUAUAAUAAGAGCACGGCAAAUAAAACGUUAUUCACAUUGAAGAAUGAGAUUAUUCAGUUCCAAAAUGAACUGAUAGAGGUAAAGAGAAAGAAAAGAGAUGCUGAAAGGCUUAAGAAAACUACAUCUUCGAAUAUUUAUUCUGGUACGUACUCAACAAAUCAUUUAGAAAAACAUUCUAUAAGAAUAAAAACAAAUACACAAAUUAGAGAAUUCGAUAACCUAAUAAAAAAAUUAGAGAAGCAAAUAACAGAAGCAAAAUUGAAAUAUGAAAAUAUAGCUAAAAUGAGUGGCAUUGCAUUUUCAUUGCAUAAUAAUUCCAUAGAUAAUUUAACUGCAUCAUAUAGCGAAGAGGAUGCAGAUGGUGAUAUCAGUUACCUUUCAAAUAAAUUAACAUCUGAAAUAAGCUUAGGUGAUGCAUUUAACAGACAAAUUUCUGCCGAUAAUUCUUCUAUCCAUUCAAUUCAAACCAAUUAUGAUAUUGAAAAGCAUAUCAGCAACACACCCUUACUAAAUUACCAACCUUUAGGAGAAAAUACAACCAUAAAUAAAGAAACAGCAAUUUGGCUAAUUAGUGAUAGCAUGCAAGGUCUAAGAAAUAUACACUCCCCCGUUGAAGAUCUUAUCAAAAGAGCUAAUGAUUUUAUUCUAUUAAUAGAAAUGCAUCCAGAAAUCAGAAAUGAAUUAGCAUUACCUACUUUUAUGCCAUCUAUACAAGCAUUAUUAUUACAUGAGGACAAACUCGUAGUUGCUGCUAGUUUCAAGAUAUGUAGAUAUCUGAUAAACGGUGCUGAAUUUAUUGAUGAGUUAUUAUCCCUUCGACUUGCUGAAUUCAUUGUUAUAUCUUUAGGUAAAGAGAAUUCUUAUCAGAUUGAGAGGGAACAAGCUUUGAAGCUAGUCAGAAAGUUUAACGAAUAUAAGAAGUUACCUAAAUCGAUUAUGCAGGCAAUAAUAAGUUCUAUUGAAAAAACUGAUGAUAAUAUGAGAUAUAUAUGUUUAGAAACAUUAUUGGAAACCUGCUUUAUUGACCCAGAACUUGUUAACAAUUGUCGUGGUAUGCGAGUAUUGGAAGAUCUUUUACAUGAUUUCAAUUCGAUUAAGAUUGUUUCCAUAAUUUUAGACACUAUUCUUCAAUUAAUGUCGCACCAUGAUACAAGGAAAAGUUUUAUAAACGAUUUUGAUAUAUCGGUUUUGAAUAUUAAGUUUUCUGAUUUGAAUAACAAGCCAACUACCAACAUAGACAAUUUACAAAAUUCUGCAUAUUUGAUUUCGAGAGCUUUAAAAAACCCCGAUGGAUAUAGACUAUACUCCGUCAACAAUUUUGAACCACUUAAACAACUUAUGUCAUUUUUACAAGUUCCCGUUUGUGCAUCAUAUCUAUUUGACAUAUUCCUUGAUGUGUUAAGAAUUAAAUCGUUAAAUUUUAAAGUAAAAGCAAAAUAUUUUAAUACCCCUCGAACAACAUCUCAUUACGUUUAUAAAGAAUGCAUGCCCAUAAACCAACAAGUUGCUUUGUUGAUAACUAUAUUUCACCACUGUGAUCUGGUUAAAAAGAUAACCAACCUUAUUGAUGAGUUUGAAAAUGAUGAGUCUAAGUCACCUCUACUUAACAAGGCACGAUACUUCUUAUACGAGUACCUUAAUCUAUCAAUGAAUUUAAUAGAAGUAGAUCCUUUUAUUAUUAACAAAUACUUACCAACCGGAGACAAAAAUUCACUUGGGGAGACAUUUCUUUUUGAAAAGAUAUCAUAUAAUUUAAACAAAAAAAGGAACACUAUAGGUCUUGAAGAGAUCGAUUAUAAUCGUAAUGUCAAAAAUUUAUCUCUAGCUCUUAGAUCAAAUGCUUUAAUUAAUAAGGUUGAUGAUCUAAAAUUUAGAAGAAUGGUUUUUGAUUCCAAAGUUUUACAAAUUAAGGAUUUUUCCUUAUGGAAUUGGAAUAUAAUCCAAGAGCUUCUGGUAGGUCCUUUGAUGAAUCCUAAACAAUUAGAGGAAUUAAGCAAAACAAAAUUUAUUAGAAAACUGUUGGUUUUUUAUAGACCAUUAAGACAGAGGUUUUCCAACGUUUCCAAAAAAUCACGGUUAGCUAAUAAAUACAUUCAGGUCGGAUGUCAGUUCUUUAAAACAAUGAUAGCAACAUCAGAAGGGAUGAAAAUAUUAAUAGAUGAUACCAAAAUUAUCCCCCAAUUAACAUCUUUAUUAUUUCGUGCAAUGGAAGGCAAAACAGAUGGAAAUCUGUUCAAAGAAAGUUCAUUAUCAACAAAAUUAGUUUUUGGAUACUUUAAAUUUAUUGGAACUUUAACAACUAAUUCUAAUGGGAUCUAUUUGCUUAACAAAUGGAAUUUUUUUACGAUUAUAUAUAAAAUGUUUCAAAAUUCAUCCAAAAUAUCGACGAAAUUCUUGAUGUUAACAUUACCUGAAAUUGACAUAAUGUAUUCGAGCCAUUGUCGUGCAAUCCUAGGAAAAGCCUUGGUGACCUCUGAUGAACAUGUACGAAAGCUUGCUACAAAAAUAAUGGGAACCAAAUUAAGGCAGGUGACAGACAUUUUACUGUCAAACAAUGAUGCUACCGAAGCCUCAUCACCAAUGCACACGAAAUCGGAAGAUCCGUUGAUACAUAAAUACAUUUUAGAAAAAUUGACGAGGCAGUUAUAUGAUUUAAACCCUGAAGUUGUGGCUAUCGCAGAUGAAGCUUUAUAUGAAUACGUGGUUAAAACAGAAAACUCGUCUCAAGAAUUGGCUUCUUGGUUAAGAACAUCUCUGAACCAAAUGGUUUUCAUAAGUUCACCUAUUUUAUUUGAAUUGAUGAGUAAUUCAUAUGGGUUUCAAAUUUUAAACGAAAUUAACUAUAUAGAAGAGGAAAGAUUGUCAUGGAUUUCACAGAAAGAUAAAGAUUACGUUUACAUAGUUGAAGAAUUUUUGUCCAAUUAUGAAUCCUUAGCUAAACCAGAUUAUAAAGAAAAUGAAAUAUCUAUACCAGCCGAUAAAGUUGAUUCCAAUAUAAAAAAGAGAUUGCCUUUGCAUUUUUAUGGAAGUUUGGCGAAAACAGAUGAUGGUAUUAAUAUGAUUACCUCAUGCAGAGAUUUGGUGAUUUUUAUGGAUGUCAUUAAGAAAUAUAUAGCAGAUUUAAAAGCUGGGAAAGCAUCUGAAAAAGGCGAUGAUAUUUUAGAACUAAAAGCUAAAAUGUGGAGUUGUGGUUUUAUCGGUUCAACACCUCUUGGUAUUGGCUUAGCUGAUAAUUACUCUUUGACGGAGGAUUUUAUUACUAUUGCAUAUGAUUCCACUGUCACAAGUUUAAGAACCACUGCCUUUUACGUUCUAGGGUUACUUUCUAAAACAAAGGAAGGUUGUGAGAUAUUAGAUGAAUUAGGUUGGACAUGUUGUUUAACCGUAUUCUCCGAGCCUGUUGGCAUUGCUUUGCCCAAAGCAGUUGAUAAGUUUUUAUCUUAUAAGGAGAUGGAAUGGAAAUUAAAGCAAGAGUAUAGUGAUGGGAUGAUCACGUUUGAUUCGGAUUCAGGAAAUCUAAUUGAAAAUGGGAAAGUGGAGGAGAUUGCAUUGAACCUUGAUAAAAUGUUGGCUGACAUUGAUAAUAUGGAGAAUGUUAUAACAGAACCAAUCAAAAAUUAUUAUAAUUAUAACAGCACGUCUAUAGAGACAACACCCGAGAAAGACAAUAAAAAAAGUUAUUCAAAUUGCAUAACAUUGAAUUUUUCUCCAACAAAGAAUGAUUUCACAAAUGUUGAUGAUGAACUCAAAAAACUUAUAAAUGAGGCAGUAACUAGUGUUUGUGAAUUAAGCAACCAUAUUAUUGCGAAUAAAGCUAUUAAAAAUUUAACUGAGAUGAAGCAAAAAUAUGCUAAUAUUAAAUUAUUUGAAAAUGAAGUUCUAUUUUCAAAAGUAUUCGAUAUAAUGAAUCAUUAUAGAUUUAAACCCAAUGUUAGGAAAUUUUUAAUGGGCUUAUUUAUUAAUAAAAAAUCGAUGAGAAACUUAAUUCGAUCUGAUCGUCAAAAGAUCCGUAGACUCAGGACGAAUUCUCUAACUAAUUGA